AAGUGGAAGGAAAAUCGAUUGAGCUAGCUAAAAAAUGAUUUUUUGUAUGUAACUUUUACUAAAAAUCAACGAGUUUUAUCGUACAAAUGUUCGUCAAGUGUUGAACUUUGUUUUAAAAUCGGUUGCCGUUCGUAAUCAAGGUCUUUCAGUCCGGUUCGUUGAUCUGUUGUCGGUAGCAGGAAAAUAAAAAUGGAGAACGAUUCUGAAUCCGCGGAAGCCGGUUCCGCCGGUGAUGAAAAGCCGUCAGUAAAAGCAGAUGUAAUCUCGUCAGACGAUGAAGCCGGACAGGAGGAGGUGCCAAGCGAAAAAGUUGUAGAGGAGAAACCGGUGGAACCAUCUGAUGAAAUACAGAAAGGUUCAGUGGGAACUCCCAUCAAUCGGGAUGCAGAAACAGCGGUUAGCGUUGUGAGCGAGAUCGGCGAUAUAGAGCGAAAGGAUGCCGAAGAGGAGAAACAAGUCCAGGAAGUAGUAUCAACUCAGAAACAGAAGGCGGCAGAAGUUAUUUCGAUCGAUGAUGAUGGCGAUGAGCAUCCGGCUUCUGAGAAAGGCGACCAAGUUGCGGAAAGGGAAUCAAAAGUGGCAGCUACAAUCGAUAUCAUCACGUCAGACGAUGAAGCCGGACAGGAGGAUGUGCCAAGCGAAAAGGUUGUAAAGGAGAAAUCGGUGGAACUGUCUGAUGAAGUACAGAAAGUUUCAGUGGAUAUUUCCAUCAAUAAAGAUGUAGUAACGGCGGUUAGCGUUGUGAGCAAGAUUAGAGAUGACGAGCGAAAGGACACCGAAGAGGAAAAGAAAGUCGACGAAGUAGUAUCAACUCAGAAACAGAAGAAGGCACCAGAAGUUAUUUCGAUCGAUGAAGAUGACGAUGAGCAUCCGGCUUCUGAGAAAGUUGAGCAAGCUGCUGAAGGUGAAUCAAAAGUGGCAGAAACGGAUAAUAAAGAUGAUCGGGUUGAUACAUCGGACAUGGAAGUGGAAGCCACGGCAAAUAAGAAAACUAAGGAGAAAAGUAUCGGAACAGAAGAAGCUACAGGUACCGAAAGAUCACAAUCAGAAGUAGUUGGUACUGAAGCUGAGGUUGAUAUGAAGGUGGAAAAAGAUAGUGAAGUAAAAGAAAAAGUCUUGCCCGAGACUAAGAAGGCUCCAGAAGUUAUUUCCAUUGAUGACGAUGAAGAUGAGCAGCCGGCUUCUGAGAAGAAUAGCAACAUCCAAAAUGAUGAUUCUGAAGUUAAGAAAGCAGAAAAGGACAUAGAUGCGCCGAUGGAUAUUGCCGAAGGCAAAAAAGACGAAGAACCAUUGGAAAGUGUGGAUUCAGAUAAGGAAAAACCAGAAGAGAAAUCCAAGGAUGACGUUAUAGCGGAAACGUCCACAUCAGGAGAAGUUGUUGAAACAGCAGUGGUAGAAAAGGAAGGAGCUGUUGCGGAACAAGGAUCUAAUGACAAAGAAAAGGCCAAUGAAAAUCAAGACGCCGGCAGCAAGAAGAAAGAUGACACUGAUGACGAUAUCAUACUAAUUGAUGACGAAAAGGAAACUACGGAAGAUGUAGAGUCCAAGGAGCAGCUAAACUCUGAACAAGAGAAAAGUUCGGGCAAGGAAGAAGCAGUGCAGAAGAAAUUGGGACUGAGUACCGAGGAAAAGGAGGAAUCUCAAUUGGCAACCGGCGAUUCUGAAGAAUCUAAGAAUGAACAGAAAGAGACAACGGAAACGCAUGCUAGUCCAAUUGAAGCUAAGGAAGAGAAAUCUAUAGAUCCUGCGGAAGAAAAACCCACAGCAGACCCAAAUGUAAAGGAAGACGACGACGUUGUAAUGAUCGACUGUGAAUCGAAAUCCUCGAAAACUACACGACGUGACGAGAAAAUGCCAGAAGAAAUAGCCGUCAAGCCGACAAAGGAAGAUAAUGAAAAUGUAAUGGUAAUAGACUCCGAUGAACUUCCAAAGGAGACAACAACUGAUAAAAUGAAAACGGAUGAAAAAGAUGCAACUGACAAGGACAAAAGUGGGGCACCUGAUAGCGAUGAUGUUAUGGUAGUGGAAUCACAAGAAUCGAUCGCUACAGGCGAUUCAAAAACUGAUGUGAAAGAAGAUAAAAAGGUUGAGUCCUCGAAAAAAGAUGUGGUGGAAAUUGUGGAAGAAGAGAAAGCAAUCAAACCCGUAAUAGCGGAAGAUACCGCAGCUAAACCGAUUGACAAAGAUUCUAAAGUCUCUGCGGACUCAAAAGAAUCGAAGGCCGAGAACGAACCGGAGAAGAGCCCACCGACAAAGAGAUUCGUAUUGGAUGAAAAAUCGGGCAUGUUUGAAGAGAAGGAAACUCAACCGGAAGAAUCCGUCCCGCAGGUCUUCGGUGAUUCUGAUGAAGACGUGGUAAUGGUAGACAACUAUGUCACCACGGACCGUAAAUCGGCAGCCAAACCGGCAGCUCUAUCUCUGAAACCGCAAGCUGUGGUGAAGCAACCCGAACUGCAAUCGACGACGCAGAAAAAGGAAGUCACCAAAGAGCAUACCAAAUCGUCAUCGUCGUCGUCCACCGUCGAAUGUAUCAAUAUGGAGUGUAAAAAGGAAGCAAAGGAAACGGCCCCCGCACCAGGGUUUGUGUUGAACUUUUUCGGAAUUCCUAAAAAGUCUAAGAAGCAACGAAUUUGCGUAAACUGCUACGACGAGGUUGUGCAGAAGUACUCGGUACUGGGUGGAGCCGUGCUGGAUCAGCAACCGUUGUUGUUCUGCGAGAUGCCACGGAAGAAUGAACUGGUUGAAAUUUCCGACAGCAGUGAAGAGGAGGAGGAUGAAGAUGUUAAGCAGGAAUCAGAAAAACCAUUGUCAUCGGAUAUUAUUUCGCUUGUGGAGUCUGAACUCAAUGACAUUCUUACCAGCACCUUUGAGAAGAUAAAUAUCAAUCAACAGAUCGACUGGACGGAACAAAUCAUGCAACAGAAGAUAGCAUACAAUUCAAAACUGUCGGACGAGAUCAACAACGAGCUGAACGAAUUGCAGCGAAAGGUGGACCGGAUCCAUUUGCAGCUGUACUCCAAAUCACGUCCCAGGUAUCAAGAUCUGCCACCAUGUAACAUCUUUGAAGUGGAUCCACAGAGCCGGCAAGGUUUGGUGCAACAAACGACUGCAGCCAGCCGUCAGUAUACUGCUCAGAGACCUAUGGUUCAACAGCAGAUGCAGCAACAACAGAGACAGAUAACGGUUGCAAUUCAAGCUGCACCUUCGCCUUCGGGUCCAGCCGCACCGAAGAAGGAAGAUUUCUCCCGUCCUUCGGUCAACGUUGGACAGUUCUACUUCGCUGUGAAACACAAGCUUCUCAGCAACUGGGCCGAGUGUCAGGUUGUUGAAGCUGUUAGCGUAGCUGAUAAAGCACUCUACAAGGUCAACUUUCUCUACAAUCAAGGAGCUGGCGCGGCUCCGAUCAAGGUGGUUCCGGCCAAGUACCUUGCCUACCGGCACUCGUUCAACGUAAAACUCCCACUGGGAACACGCGUCAUUGCCCGAUUCGAUGCAGGAACUACACAGCCGGCUGCGAAAACGUCGCAACAAAUUAAAAACAGUUCCUUCUAUCCGGGAAUCAUUGCCGAAUCGUUCGGCAAGUACAAUCGAAAUCGAUACCUAAUCUUCUUCGACGACGGCUAUGCUCAGUAUGUGACCCACGGUGAUGUGCGGGUCGUUUGCGAGGAAUCAAAGGAAGUGUGGUCGGAUAUCCAUCCGCAUUCGCAGGAAUUUAUCAAAAAUUAUCUGAUGAACUACCGCUCGCAACGGCCCAUGGUUCAGGUGAAGGUCGGCCAGCGAAUAAUCACGGAAUGGAAGGGCAAAUGGAUUUACGCCAAGGUCAUCGACAUCGAUGCCAGUUUGGUGCAGCUACACUUUGCGGAUGACAACAGGUACGAAUGGAUCUACCGUGGCUCGACUCGCCUGGGGCCACUAUACCAGGAAAAGGCUCUUAGCAUGAGCAAAGCGAGCAACAAGUUCUCAAAGUUCCAGAAAAGAAAUGAACCUUCCAUCGAGUACAUCACACUGGACGAUGACGAGGAAAGCGAUCAGAACAAACAGCAAGAAGUCAGAAAACCUAGUACCACGCAGGAACUAGCCUUGCAAACUUUCAAGAAUCUCCAACUGAGUCAAACCGAUUCGGCAAACCGUUCGGUGGCUAAGAAAAGCACCUUCCACCGUGCGGUUCCCGCAUUGCAACCGUCCGCCGUAUUCAUGAACAGUUCCACCAUCUACUGUGAAGAUGAUCGUCCGAAAGGCAAGAUCGUGUACUACACGGCCAAGAAGCAUCUGCCGCCGUUGAAAUACAAACCGCAUGAAUGUAACACGAGUUGUCUGUUCAAAAUUACGCACAAUCUCAAAUCGUACAGCCCAAUGGCAAAGCCGUUGCUAUCCGGCUGGGAGCGGCAGCUGUGUAAGAUGAAGUACAAGAAAGUGUUCGUUGUCUAUCGAGCACCUUGCGGCCGUAGGGUGAGGAACAUGUACGAACUGCACAUGUACCUUCGGAUGACGAAAGCCACGCUGAAUGUGGAAAACUUUGACUUCGAUCCGAUGAUUCACUGCCUGGCGGAGUAUGUGAUCGAAAAUCAUAUCUACCAUAAUCCGGACCUCUCGGACGGUCGCGAAUUCAUGGCGGUACCGUGCGUUAACUACUUUGACGAUACGAAGCCACCUCCGUGCAUCUACUCGACCGAACGAAUCCCUACGGAGGGUGUCAAUCUGAACUUGGAUUCGGAUUUCCUGUGUGGGUGUGACUGUGAAGAUGAUUGCAUCGAUAAGACCCGAUGUCAGUGCUGGCAGCUGACGGUUGCCGGUGCCAAAUUUGGCAAUCCCAACACUCCGAUCGACAAUAUUGGAUAUGUGUACAAGCGACUACAGGAAGCCGUGGUCACCGGUAUCUACGAGUGUAACUCUCGGUGCAAAUGCAAAAGCAACUGUUUGAAUCGGGUCGUGCAGCAUCCGCUGAUGACGAAACUGCAAGUUUUCAAGACCAGCAACCGUGGCUGGGGUAUUCGUUGCUUGAAUGACGUUGCCAAGGGAAGUUUCAUCUGUAUCUACUCGGGACAUUUGCUCACGGAAGAAGCGGGCAACAAUAUUUGCCAGAUGAACGAGAAUCAGGCCGGUGAUGAAUACUUUGCCGAUCUGGAUUACAUCGAGACGGUGGAACAGCUGAAGGAGGGAUACGAAACGGAUGUUGUGGAAUCGGAAAGUGAGAUCGAAAGCGACUACGACGCUAGACAAGAUAGCGGUGCUUCGGACGAUGAUUUUACUGCAAGCACAAAUCCGACGGAUGCUGCAGUGAAAACACGAUCACAAGCCAGGAGGGACAGUAGACAGAAGAACGAAACUAAAUCCGAGAAGAAAUAUUCAAAGAAAAAAGAGGAUUCUAGAACUGGCUCAGAUGAUGAACGGGAAAUGGUCAAUCUGAUACCCAAUUCCGAUAUGACAAAGGGAGACGCACCGAGUCCUGCCAUAAAGUAUCGUUCGGUUCGGAAGUAUUUCGGCAAGCACGAACAAAUCUAUAUCAUGGAUGCCAAAAAGUCCGGAAAUCUUGGUAGAUAUUUUAAUCAUUCCUGUAAUCCUAACCUAUUCGUACAAAAUGUGUUUGUCGACACGCAUGAUCUCCGUUUUCCUUGGGUGGCAUUCUUCGCCUUGUGCAAUGUACGGGCGGGUUCAGAGUUGACUUGGAACUACAACUAUGACGUUGGUUCGGUUCCUGGCAAGGUGCUGUACUGCCAGUGCGGAGCGGAGAAUUGUCGUCAACGUUUGCUGUAGGUUGCUAUUGGGCAACGGACGAGUAUACUGAAGGUCAGUACUUGUAGUAGUUUGAAGUUCUAUGUUCUUUGUAUUACUGUGACAAAAAGUUCUAUGCUCCGAUUUGAUGUACGAAAUAAA